CGGGCAGAUUUCCUCUUAAGGAAUUCGACCUCUUGGGCUGUGCCCUCUCAAUUAAUCUAUAGGUUAUGAAAGGGCAAUUUGAAGAGAGAGAAAGUCACUGUUAAAGGCUAUUUAAAAUAACCUUAAAAGAAUUGUUGUACUCGGCCAUCACAGCUCAGGAUCUUGCAAAAAUUCCUCUGGUUCUCGUUGGCAGCAACCCAGGCAAAGUACAUGAGGAAACAGGAACAGCAAGAGAUUUCCAAGUUGUUUCUGCUGGUAGCUGGUAGCUGGUAACUAUUAUAUUUUAAUGAUAAUGAGAAUUUGCCACCUUUUUCCUGUCAAGGAAUUCCCAAGCUCUAGCAGAGUGAGAAAUAGAUCUGACGUUCUAGAGCACGCUCAGUACACGCCUGCUUGCAGUUCUUUUGAAGUCCAUCGGUUUUAUCUGUCAGCACAAUCUCAGACUCUACGUGCAGUUCCAGCAAGGCGCCAGCUUGCAGGAAAUCACAGGAUUUCCCUGGAAGGAGCGAUUCUUGCCUGGGUGCAGCUGGAAGCCAAAACCUGCUGGGAAAUAAAGCCUGGAAGCCAUAAGGACCUGUCCUGGGCAUCGCUGGAGCUCUGCAGCUGCAGCACCUCCAAGCUAAAGUGCCCGCUCGACUUUCAGACCUCACUCCUUCAGCCUCCUUACUUCAAGCAUUUGAAAGAGGAAGAAAAGAGGAUUUUCCCAUAAGGGCUGUGCAGGAGACAUGCUGCAGGACUUGUGGUAGAGAUUUUGGAGGUCGCUGACGCACUUCUGCAAAGUUCUAGUCAGUGUCAUGUAUAUGCGAGCACUAAAAUGGAUAUUUUUGUUUCUCCUUGUAUUUUCUGCCGUAACAAUUUGGUACGUAAGCUUUUCCCCCAACGCUGGGAUUAAGCAGACAAACCUGAUGUAUUUCUAUGAAUACGAGCCAGUUUACAAGCAACGCUACCUCUUCACGUUGCGGGAGCACCUGAAAUGCGAAGACAUCGAUCCGUUCCUGGUCAUCUUGGUGACUUCGCAUCCCGAGGACGUGAAAUCAAGACAGGCCAUCAGGAUAACGUGGGGAUCUCGGGACUUGUGGUGGGGACAUCGAGUUCUAACGCUGUUCUUACUGGGGCAGGAGACUCGAAGAGAAGCCGACGCUGCUGUGUUGUCAGUGGAAGAUGAAAACAUCCUCUACGGUGACAUAAUUCGCCAGGAUUUUCUGGACACCUACGACAAUCUCACCUUGAAAACGAUCAUGGGCUUCAGGUGGGUCACCGAGUUCUGCUCAAACGUGAGGUUCCUCAUGAAAACCGAUAGCGACGUCUUCAUCAACACCCCGAACCUGGUCAAAUCUCUUCUGAAGCUGAAUUCCUCAAAAAAUGUUUUUAUUGGCUAUCCUCUUGUAGAUAACUUCGCCUACAGAGGCUUUUCCAAAAAGACGUACAUCUCUUAUGAUGAAUAUCCGUUCAAGACGUAUCCUCCCUAUUGCAGUGGGAUGGGUUAUAUACUGGAUGGAAAACUGGCUCUGAGGAUUUAUGAACUGAUGAGUCAUGUCAAACCCAUUAAAUUUGAGGAUGUUUAUGUUGGAAUUUGCUUAAAUAUGCUUAAAGUGAACAUCAGUAUUCCAGAAGAUAAUAAAUUUUUUCUUUAUAAAAUUGAUUUUGAUAUCUGUAAGUAUCGACAUUUGGUUGCAGUACAUGGCCUUACACCGAGUGAAAUCAUCAGGUUUUGGCAGGAUUUAUCAGCAGACACGUCAGUUACUUGCCUUUGAUUCUGUAUUUAUCUAUAAACUUCAACCUAUUUGGUGUAAAAAUGUUUGAAGUCCAGGGCAACGCAACCCAAACCCAGAGCUGCCCAUGGGACCCAACGGCAGAAUUGCCCUGGGAUGUUCCUAAAUAAAAAUACUGAGCAUUCCCAAUGCGCUUUCUCAUGUACCUGCCCUGACGUGAAAUGUCACCGAGCAAGAAUGUUUAUGCCAAGAAAGUAGCCUUGAAGAUAAUUCCCAAAUUACUAACUGCAUUUUUUUCUUAUUGUUUUUGCAACUGAAUCAUCCCUCGCCACCUUUAGGUGUUUGUUCUCUGCCCAACAACCUCCUUUGUUCAAAAUAUCACCUCUGAUCCUCCCGAGGGUUUUACAGCACGGAAUUCAAACACCAACACCUCUGGAAUGUUUGCAGAGUGUUACAAACCUGGGGACCCUGUGGGGUCUGCAGAAGCCAAUGGGAAAUUCUGCCAAUGGGAUGCACUUUGUGUGUGUGUAUCUAGGAAUGUAGACGUAGAAAAUAAAAUUGCUUGGGUGUCUGAUAA